CAUGGAAAUCUCCUUCCAAAUCACCAAUUCUAAGUUAGCAAAGAUGGUCCCAAUGCCAUCAAAUUCAAACCAGAAAACCUAUAUUUCCUGCAGAGGUCAUGAUGGUUUGUCCAUGCACAAAAACAACAAGGCCAGCAACUUUUAUGAGUUGCUUUCACUUGGUUCUGAGAAAAAAAAUAAGGUAGGCCUGCAUCAGAUAAAGAAAGCCUACAGAAACAUGGUCCUUCAGUUUCACCCUGACGUUGUCCCUCCCUCCGCAAAAGAGGAGUCUACAAGACGAUUCAUCGAGCUUCAAAAGGCAUAUGAAACACUUUCAGACCCGGUUUCGCGUCAAAUGUACGAUUACCAGUUGGAUUUCGGGGACUCAUCGAUGGAGUUAGGAGUUGAAGGAUUAUAUGUGGAUCAGGUGAAGAGAUCCGUGUUCAGCAAGGAAGUGUGGGAAGAACAACUUCGGGGAUUGCAUAAGAGGUCUCAAACUCGAACGGCAAGGAAAUAUAGGCCGAUGUAGAAGUUAUUUCAUUGAUUUAAUGUCAUUUUCUGAAUAUUAUUUCGAU